AUGCAGCUUGGACUCAACCGCAGAUAUCUCUCUCUGGGAGGAGCCAGCAUUCUCGCCCUCUGGCUGUGGUCGAGUCUGGCUGGCGAGGGCGAGCUCCCCAAGAACGUCCAGUGGGCGAUUGGCCGACCGGUCUCGACGCCCGACAACGACGUCUAUGACUUCCCGCUCCUGGACUCGUGGCAGCUGCAGGACAUCUGCUCGAGCGUGGAGUGGAAUUCCAGUCUGGUCUUUACGUGCGACGAGAACCGUGGGGGCAUCGGACACGUGCGGAACUCGAUCCUGAACUGUGUGCGGUAUGCUAUUGGCGCCGGGGGGGCGUUGGUGCUGCCGAGUAUUGCGGUGAGGGAGAUGGACGAUAUGGAGCCCGGGCAUUCGCAUGAGGACGGAGGUGGGAAUGGGGAUGGGGAGGGGAGUGAGGAUGGGGAUGAGGCGGAGAUGCAGACGGAUUUCAAGGCUCAGAGGCGAAAUGGGCGGGGUAGGAUGGGGAUGGAUUACAUGUUCGACAAGAACCACUUUGUGGAUUCGUUGAGGAAGUCGUGUCCGGAGCUAUUGCUCAUCAGACACAUGGAGCAGACGACGAGCAAAAGACGACGAAGCCUCUUGCCCGAAAACCUCUUCGAGAAUCUCCCGGCUGGCGGGAUCGAGCGACCCGAGACCUGGUCCGACAAGCUCAAUGUCUGGAUCGACAAGUCCAUGGCCGCCGAACCAGCGGCGGAGCCGAUUAUCAUCGAUCUCGAGCAGUCAUUUCUACACUACCCGACUCACUCGGAUGGCCGCGAGCUGGCACAUCACUUUGGCCACAUCCUCAAGUUCCGGCCUGAUAUCCGUCGCCUGGCAACGAAAAUCCUCAAAGAACUCUCACUGUGGCAUGAGAUGCAGUCCUUCAACCUGUCCGAGCCUAUCAUCAAUCCCUCGUUCAUCGGCGUCCAUCUCGCUACCGAGAAUCCGAUGGGUCCGGAGAAGCGCCACGUAGUCAACGUCAAAUACAGCCACUACAACGCCCAAGCCGCCGCGUACAUCGACCAGGCCACCAGGUCCCGGAUCCCCAUCAUGUACGUCGCGUCGGGCCGAUACCCCGACAUCAUCAAGCUGGCGGCGGAAGCGAAAGAGAGGAAAGUUGCCGUCACGUACAAGGAGGAUCUGCUGCGCGGGAAGUGGAAGGAGGAGCUCGACCGGCUGAAGUGGGAUCAGCGCGCGCUGGUGGACUACCUGGUGCUGCUGAAGGGGCAGGAGUUUGCGGGCAUCGGGCACUCGAGUUUCUCAUGGAACGUAAUGCUGAAGAGGCACGAGAUGGGCGAUGACGGGGUGAGGAAGAUCCUGGUCGCGCCGGGCACAUAUCAGGAUUCGUUUAGCAAGCUCUACGGAGUCAGAGAGAGCUAUGUCGAGUCCGCUGGCUGCAUGUGGCCUUGA